AUGAAGUCCCUGCUGAGGAUGGUGGUGAUUCUGAUUUGCGUCCAGAGGGGAGCGGGCCGCUGGAUGAGGUCACUGAUCGAUCACAAACAGGAAGCAGCAUCGUCUCCGAAUGAUGACAAAAGAGGCGGAUACCCAGCCGAAGAAGAGAGUCAAACAGAAGCUUCCGGCUUCGAGCCGUCGCCCAGUCCCAUGGCCCCGCUCCCGCUCCGGGCCCGCCGCUCGCCUCCGGACUCCCAGUGCGGCCUGCGCUCAGUCCUGCUGCAGGUUCGGGACCUCGGGCUGGGCUACGACUCGGACGAGACCGUCCUCUUCAAGUACUGCGGCGGCACGUGUCCCCGGGUUCGCUCCAACCACGACCUCACCCUCAGCAACCUGCUGCUCGGCGGGCUGCUGCCCCAGCCGGCGCCUGGGGAGCAGCGGCACGACGCGCCCUGCUGCCGGCCCACCCACCACGAGGACAUGGCCUUCCUUGAUAACUCGCACCGCUGGCACAAGGUGGAGAAGCUGUCGGCCGCCAGCUGCAGCUGUGUGGGCUAGAAGGCUCAGCGUGG